AUGCAGUCUACUGCAGGACUUCAAAUCAGCCUCGUUUCUCAACAGUUAGCGACAGAUACACUCUCGCCUUUUGUCGUGCCCAUCGCCGUGUCCAUUUAUAAUCCCACCGAAUCCCCAGUGACGGUCCUCAGGUGGAGCUCCCCCUUGGAUGCCCGUGCCAGCGUACUAGGUGUCUUUGUGGUUUGUGAUACUGAAAGCGGAGAUACCCUGCCACUUGACACCAUCAAAAUAUCACGAAAGCUCCCGCUGUCUCUUGACGACCUAGUAGAGAUAUCCGCCGGCCAAACCUUGGACCUUACUGUGAAUCUGCCUGGCAUACACUUCCAGAAGGGGCAUGAGUACUCCAUUCAUGCAGCGGGAACCUGGCACGCUGUCUGGGAGAAGCCGCUGGCGGAUGUGACUGUAUCCCAAUUAAGUGAUCUGGGAAAGGCAACCCGUGGGAACUUUCAGUCAAAUGUCGCUUUUGUCAAAGUUGAUUAA